AUGGUCCUGUCCAACCGUGUCUUUCCUCAGAGGAGCCUUGAGACCUAUUUUUAUGAGAGAUAUCUCCCCAUGGGAGAGAUCUAUCAGUGGAUGAACCAGGUCAGCAAGAAGUAUGCGGAAGUGGCGACACAGCGUUCGGGAAUGACCUCUGAGACCUGGCCCACGUCCUACCUGAAGAUCAGCAAACCAUCCAACAGUCCCAAGAAGAUCAUUUGGAUGGACUGUGGAAUUCAUGCCAGAGAAUGGAUUGCCCUUUGCUUUUGCCAAUGGUUUGUGAAAGAGAUUCUACAGAAUGAUAAAGACAACACAAGGCUCAGGCCCCUUAAGGAGUUGGACUUCUAUGUGCCUCCACUCCUCAACAUUGACAGUUACAUCUACACUUGGACAACAGGGUGAACAGAUCCUCUCUGGAGGAAGCCCUGCUCAUUCCGUAAUAAUGGCACAUGCUUUGGAACAAAUCUCAAUUGAAAUCUCAGUGUCUCCUGGUGUGGUAUGGGCGCAAUAACAAACUGCCAAGAUUUAACGUUCUGUGGGAUAGAACUGGUGUCACAACUAGAGACUAAAACAGUCUCAAGCCGUAGAGAAAGCAAGAAAAGAGACAUCCCGUGCUUCCUGACCGUGCACUCUUAUGGGCAGCUCAUCCUCACACCAUAUGGCUACACCAAAAAUAAACCAAGUAACUACGAAGAACUCAUUCAAGUUGGACAGAAGGCGGCAGAUGUAUUGAAAGCAAAGCAUGGAACCAAUUAUAGAGCUGGAUCGAGUGCAGAUAUUUUAUAUGCUACGUCAGGAUCCUCAGAAGACUGGGCUCGAGACAUUGGGAUCCCCUUCGCACGCACAUUUGAGCUGAGGGACAAUGGGACCCAGGGGUUUUUCCUGCCUGAAGCUCUGAUCCAGCCCACACGUGAGGAGACCAUGGAAGCUAUGCUCACACUCCGUGAUGGUGUGUGUGUGAGAGCUACUGACUCACCCACAGUGCCAGGGAGGCGACAACCACAAUCUUGGCACUGACCACGGUGUGCUUCCUCACAGCUCUCCCCCAAGUGCCGCCUGCCUUGGCCUGCUUCAUCUCGGUGAUGGGAAUAUGGUUGAGGUGAAGGACAUCCAUGAACACAGACUCGGGCAUAUUUACAUCCAUGUCUUGCACUCUAGUCUCAACAAGAUGAUGCCGUGAAGCCCAGUGCCAUAUACAGAGAGAUUUGCUCUCUCUCUGAGCACUGAGCUUGGGUCCAAGCAGCCAGUGAGCCUGAUCUCCAUCUCACAGAUCCUUGCUCAUUACACUAACCACCGGGUUGCUUGCUUGCUGAAGACAGACAGCUGACCCCGUAAGGAGUGGUCUUCCCAGCAUUCUUAGCAUCAUCAACAGGAUGUCCGAGAAAAGGAGGUCAGUAGAGGACUGUCUCCCAAGAGGCUUCCUGCAGCAGAUGGAAUCACAGGAAAUUACUGCUUUCAAAGGAUGUUUGACUGUACCAUGCUUCCUGUUUCUAUUUCUCCCCACCAAACUGUCAGGAAGAAAGGUUCACAUUUACAGGGAGAGAAACAAGAAUGAGUUAGUCUCAAGGACAUUCUGAAGUGGCUGAGGAAGAACAGAAGCUGGGGGGGGGGGCUACUGCUUCUUCAGAAGCUCACAUGAGGAACUAUCUGUGUGACCAUGUGGCCUCUUUCAACAGAUUAGCUGGGGAAGACAAAAGGCUUCCUUCCAGGAAUUGAUGAUUAAGAUGCUCAGAACCAAAAGCAAGAAAAGACAUUUGUUAGGAACCUGGGUCCGAGAGGAACGGGUUCAGUCUUGGAAUAAAUCCCCCGUGCCUGCCUUUUCCUGCUAUUUUAAUGUAGUCCUUGUGAUUCAUCUCAUACUUUUUAUCAUUCCUGGAGUCCCUGCGAGAGCUGUGGGGCUAUCGCCAUGACAUUGUCAGAAUAGGCUGUGUGUGAUCCUCCCGCCACGAGGAAGCAAGGCUGCGUUCCCAAAAAGCUUUCAUUAAGGUUUCUCUCCAGGGGCGAAGACAAAGAGCACAUCCAAACAGGUGCCAAGGCAGGGCUCUGAUUCCGCUUUGUUUGUCUGGGGCCAGGCGGAAGCCAGGUGUUAUCAGAGCUGUUCAGACGCGCACCUCUGAGAAAGUCCAGGGUUUUUAAAGGAUGAAAACGUAACUGCUUUAAUAUGAGGCCAGGGAAGAGUCGUAGAAAUACCCUAGCCACUCUUGGGUGCUGCCAAAAGUAGAACUGCACUCAUUUGCAAAUAUUCCCCUGGCUUCUCCCUCCCUGCACCAGGCAACCAGGAGACCCCAAAGUUAAACCCGGGCUUCCAAAGGACACUGCCUGCAAAGGGCAUCUUUAAUUAAAUGUCAUUCCAGUCGCUUUGGUUUGGGCGAGGCUGCAAUGUGGUACCACAGAACUUCUACACUUAUUUAUUUAUUUGGGGGCGAGCAUAUGCAUGACACACAGGUCACAGCACAUGCAUGGAGGUCAGAGGACAGCCUGGGGGAGCUGAUUCUCUCUGGCUACGUGGAUUCCAAGGAUUCAACUUUCAGAACA